GACCCAAAGAGUGACGAAGAGUUUAACAGACCCACCGCCAGCCCACUUUUAUUUUUGCCGUACAUAUACUCCAGUUUUUGCCUGGAUUGCAACACAGAAUACCAGGGGAGUUGGGACUUCAGGUUGACGCCCGCCUUUCUCUUUACCGGUUGACGCCUGUCCGUGGUCAAAGGACUUGGGGAAGGAGGGUAACGGCGGGAGAGAAAUCUAGAUUGGGAAGAAGAUGGUGAAGGAGACUCCCAAGACUGCCAAGGCACCUCGAACAGCUGAUGUGUGGGCUGUGCAGUGUGACAAGUGCUUCAAGUGGAGAACUGUUCCAUCCCAAGAAGAAUAUGAAGAAAUCAGAAGCAAAUUCAAACAAGAUCCCUUUUUCUGCAGCAAGAAACCCAAUGUUUCUUGUGAUGACCCGGCUGAUAUCGAGUACGAUUCAACUCGGACUUGGGUGAUGGACAAACCCAACAUUCCUAAAACCCCCACUGGAUUCAAGAAAAGAUUGGUUAUGAGGAAAGAUUUUACCAAGAUGGAUGUCUACUACACCACUCCCACUGGUAGGACACUCAGAUCCUCCACUCAAGCGGCCUCUUUUUUGGAUGCAAAUCCACAGUUUAAAGGCUUGUCUCCUUCAGAUUUUAGCUUCGCUUCGCCCAAAAUAAUGGAGGAUACCAUUCCUCAGAAUGUGGUCAGGAAAGGUUUACCUGGUAUCCUCGACUGAUUGAAACUGCAAGAAGAUAUAUUCAUAGUGAAGUCUGGGUUUUUAGGAUACUAUUUGGUGCUCUACCUAACAACAAUUAAGGACUCGGAUAUACUUUCUGUUAAUAUAUGACUCCAUCGCGGUUGAACAUGAUUGGACUUGAUAGCAAGUUUCCCCUUUGGGCUGCUGAACUAGAAGCAAAUUUUUUCAUUUUUAGGCUGCUUUUGCCUUUUGCCCUUAGGUUGUAAAUAAAUUUUUGCGACAGAGUUUUUCUCUGCGCUAUUUCUAUAGUUUAGAGCUAUUUGUCAAUUACCAAAAAUGCUAAUGACACGGGUGCUGACCACAGUUGCAUGGGUU